UUUAAUAAAUGAUGCUCUGUCUGCCCUUCCUUCUCUCUUCUCUUCAUCAAGCUCAGCUCCCCAUAAGCAUCGCAGGCACAGGCCACAGAGGUCACAGGGUACAGCAGCCUCUGCUCAUGUGAAAUGGCCACAUAUCUUUCAUCCUGUCCCGAUGCAGACGAAGACUAUAUAGACAUGGAAGUGAGCUCUUGUCACAGCUUGUUUUGUUGCUCAGAAAAAGCUUCUCCGCAGAGCAGGGAAUUUGAGUUUCAGAUGUCCUCCUCUGCUUCCAACGACAGAGAAACCACCCCUUCCCCAGCCGAUGAGCUCUUUUACAAAGGCAAACUCCUCCCUCUUUACCUCCCUCCGCGCUUGCAGAUGGUCCAGACGCUUCUCCAAACCCCCACCAUCUCCGCUUACGAGUCCAGAAAAGAGGCCCUUGCAAAUGAAGAUGACCACUGCGGCAUUCCCUUCAUUGGCAGCUUCACGGCACCCUCAACUAAUACCAGCACCCCCCUGGAUUCCUGCAACAUAUCUCCAUCAGAGUCCUGCAGAGUGAGCUGCGAACUCAAUCCAUCCGAGUACUUCUUUGGGUGGUCAACUGAACUCAGCAGCUUCAUCGGGGCCGGGGGCAGUCAUCCGAAGAAAUCUUGGUCUAAGAAGCUCAAGAUGAUUAGACAAUCUUCCCUAACUCAGAAGCUCAAGGCUUCUCGGGCAUACCUCAAGUCACUCUUUCGCAAGUCUGCUUGCUCAGACGAGUCCGCUGCCAAGGCAGCCUGCAAUUUAGAGGCUGAACAAGUUCCGGGUAAGUACGUUAAGGUGGGAAAGAAGGCCCCGUUUGGACAUUUUGGAAGAGCACGUCCUACUCUUUCUAAUUCGGUAAAGAACGUCGACAAGGAAGGAAUCGAGGAGAAUAUCAGCCAGCAUAGGAGGUCAUUCUCAGGCGCAAUCAAACGUCAUUCUCCAUCCAAGUGCUUAUCUUCAUCCUCAUCCUCUUCCUCUGGCUCUUCUUCUUCUUCUUCAUCGUUUUCAAUUAAUUCGAACGUGCUUUAUGAGUCGCACUUGCUCAAGAGGAGCAGCAGUGCUGCUUCCGACAUCGAGAUCUCAAUCGAGUCCGCAAUUGCUCAUUGUAAAAAUUCUCAACAGAUCUUCAAUUCAAGAAAUACAGAGGACGAAGCUGGAUUCUACUCAUUGCCUAUUUCCAGGAUUUCUCCCACUGAAAAUCAAGAGAAAGCAGGUGUCUGUAAGAUUUGAAUAUAUUUUCUUCUCUGUUUUCAGGAAGGGUAAAAAAAAAAAGGAAUAGAUUUCUUGACGAUCGAAAGAGCAGAAAAGUUCGUACUUGGUAUAGGCAUCGAUUUUUGUCAGUUGGAUUUCAUAAAGUAACUUGUAUCAUAGUGAUAUUACAUCAAAUUUUUUUUUCAG